CACUGCUGGGUGCUCCAUGCUUUUCCAAGCUGUUUAAGGCAGCCAGGAUCGAGGAAAUCCUCUUCGCAAUGAGCAGUGAGGCUGGGGAAACAGGGAAUCACACAGGAAUUCCGUAAUCCCAUCUACUGCGAAUGAGAUUUUGGCUUAAUAAAUGGAUCACCACAGGUAGACGACUCAGAAUCCACGCAGAAAGCGAAAGAGCUGUGGAAAAGUGCAAGCUGGCCUCAGGGGAUAGAUUCCCGGUCUGACUUCAGCUUUCUGUAAAGAAAAUGGUCACACAUGAACUUAAGCGAUAAAGGAAAACAUGAAAAAGAUAUAUAUUGGGAAAACAGCACUGAAAAACACCAGAAACAGCGGUAAACAUCAGAAAAAGAGCUUCCUGCAGGAGCAGAAGGAGGAUUUGCGUAAGCGCCUGUCCUACACCAGCCACAAGCUGGAUCGGCUAGAGACCGAGUUUGACUCCACGCGCCAGUACCUGGAGACGGAGCUGCGGCGGGCACAGGAGGAGCUCGAGAAGUUCAUUGACAAACUGCGCCGCAUACAGAGCAGCUAUGCAGCACUGCAGAGGAUUAACCAGGAUCUGGAGGAUAAAAUACAAAGAACGUCUCAGCACCAUGAUGAAGAGAAAAGAGUCCUCAGUCGCGAGAUCGUCAUCCUCAACAACCAUCUCAUGGAGGCUAAGAUGACCAUCCAAAAGCUCCGUGAGGACAAUGACCUGUGCAGGAAGGACUGUAACCUGGCUGCACAGCUGCUGCAAUGCAACAAGUCUCACUACCGAGCACACGAGCUUUCGGAGCUCCCUGCAGAGUUCCAAGAGCGUGUCAACCUGCAGAUGGAGGCGUCUCCCCUCUGCCACUCACCCUACUCAGACUCAGUGCCCACCUCCGUCAUCGCUAAAGUGCUGGAGAAGCCAGAGCCCGGCAUGGCCUCCAGGACUGCCAGCCCCAUGCCCCACGAGCCAGCCCGCCUGCCCAGCAGCCCGGUGAGCAGUGAGCGCCUCACCCUGCGCAUGGUCUACAGGUCGGACGUGUACAGCAGCGACGCGGCGCUCUACUGCUCUGACGAGCACGAGCACCAGGAGCUCUGCCAGAGCAUGGAGCUGCACGAGCACCAGGAGCUCUGCCAGAGCAUGGAGCUGCACGAGCGGGAGUCCAGCCCCUUCCAGGCCCACAACUCCACCGACAGCAACCCAGAGGAGGAGGCUCUCCUCCACUCCAGUUUCUCCCAGGAGCCAUUUCUGGAGUUUGCCGGCUCGCUGCCGCCGUCCAGCUCCUACUCCAGUUUCAGUGCUGCUUCGGACGAGAAGCCCCGCCCACCCAGCAGCAACCUGUCCUCCCCCCAUCAGGCGGCAUACAUGGAAUGGCGGGAUGGCGACUAUGAGCACAAGAGCAACUCGUCCUACGAGAAGGACAGCCCCGGCUUUGCCGAGUCGCACAGUUUCCAGCAGGCAGCUCACGCUUACCAGAACAGCAGCUCACCAGCGACGGUGCCGGACUCCCCGCUGCACAUGCGUGCCGCCUCCGCCUGUUUCGGUGAGCCCUUUCCCCCACGCCGCAUCCCAUCCUCCUACAGCGUGGGCUCUUACAGGCGGUAUGGGGAUCCCCGUGGCACUACUCAUGACCCCAGUGAUGAGUUGGGCAUCCGCUGGAGGCAGCUGAGUGUGGAGGACCUGAACGCCUACUCCUAUGCCAGCACUGGGCGCGUGUCGCCGUAUAGCUUCUCAGAACAGCACUACGUGGUGCGACCCGGGAAGGUGAAACUGGGCCCCCUCUACAGCAGUCUGCAGGAGAGCGACAACGUCUACAGCAACGUGCCAGAACCCGAGCCGGCCGUCUCCAGCCCAAGUCCUGAGCACGAGCCGGCCCUGCCUGAGCAGGAGCACCUGUACCUUGUCAAGGAAGAUGACCUUUUCGACUCAGGAAGUCCCAAGGACGAGGAGAACAUGGCAGGCAGCAUGAAGGAGUAUGUACACAUCAGCCCCCACAGCUCCAACGAGUCCCUAAGCCAGAGGGUGCUGGAGGUUUCCGAGCUGCAGCCAUACCCAGUGGAGAGGCAGAGCCCAGCCCUGCUGAGCCAGUCUCUGCCACAAUAUCAGCAGUUCGGAAGCCUGGGACUCUCCAGGAAAGACAGCCUGACCAAGGCCCAGCUGUACGGGACACUGCUGAACUGAAAGCCUGUUUCCCUGGGCUCUGCUGUCAUGUGUUUCUUCUGCUCUGAACUUUGGGUCCAGUAGUAGGUGAGCUGACAUAGCAUCCCAGCUGAUUACUGCAGGGAUUCCAUAAGUGACAGGAAAUGUUUUAGUUUAAAUGCCAUUAAAAGCAGAGUUUUAGAACAAUAUUUAUCAAAACAGAGAACCUUUUUAAACAUUUUACUGAAUUGCAGAAAUGCAACUUGAUAGAGUGCUUAGUGCGGCUCUGUCAGUAUCGGGAUUCAUUUUCUAGAUUUCGCUCAUUCAUUCUUCUCAUUUUAAUUAUGUUAUAUUGAACCAGGUCAUUUCAGUAUAUUAGGUACGGCAAAUCUAUACUUAACUAUUCAUUUCAAAAGCAAUAUACAUCAGUGCACCUCUAUAACUAUGGUAAUGAGCUACGCUAUCUGGCAUGACUUUACAAAUCAUUCACAUUUUUCAGCUUGUUCUUUACUAUCGUAAAUUUCUUGAUUUACUUAAUUUGAAGGUGAUUGUUAGAAAACGAAAUAUUAUUUUCCAUGUUCAGUUAUUGCUAUUCUUUUUCAUUUUUACAUAUGAGCUAAAGAUGGAGUUAUUUGAUGUUAAAAUGCACAUCCGUGGCCUUGGAUCUAUGUAGGAUCUGAAGGCACCAGUUUUGCCAGAAUGUCAACGGACCCUCUAAGGGGGAAUCUGCAGCUUGGUUUGUCUGGGAUGACAGAACAUUCAGACUGUUCCUGGUACUUCUCUGUAGGAUGAUCUUAUACGGGCUACUCUAAUCUCAAAUUAUGGAAAACAGAGGAUUCCCCCUAUUCAUUUCCUAACAAUAAAUGACCCGCUUGAGAGAUUUGUUUUUUAAUGCUUUGAAAUAUCUAUUUGUUAUCCAUCUAAUAAAUAGUGACAUUCCUGAGUGCUUUUUUCUCAGUGUGCGUUUAGCCAGGCAGUCAGGGGCAGGUACUGGCGGCACUGGGAGGCCUGAGAGCAGAGAAACAUAUUCUGUUGUUGUUUAAUGAAAUAACUCUUCUGAUUUUGUACACUAGCACGGUGUGUGUGUGUGUGUGUGUGUGUGUGUGUGUGUGUGUGUGUGUGUGUGUGCAGCUGUUUUGAUGCUCUUUUGUCUCACCCGAGCCCCCCCCUCCCCAUUACCCCACUCUACCUCAGGUUUUACCGCGUACCCCUUUGGAACAUCUAGCACUGUUUACGUUGACUUUUCGCAGCAUGUUUAUACAUUUUUACAAUGUUUCUUUACUAACAAAGAGUGAUAGCACACCGUACAUUUACAGACCCACUGAAAUGACUAAUGCGUUUGCUAAACAUCAUUCGGGAAGAAUACUUCAAGAUGCUUCAUUUUGGAAAACAAGAUCACUCAGUGUGUAUUUGAUCAAAGAUGCUUUUUUGAGGGAUUCGGUCAUUAGCGAAGAAGAAACAGGAACCAUGUGUAUCACCUUCCUGCAGACGUGCUUAAACUUCCAUUGGUAUUCCAUUUUGUAUUAUGACAAGGAUGAAUGCAAAAAGUGACCUUGACAUUGAACAUAUAUAGUAAUUGUAAAUAAUCAAAGUGCACUGAAAUGCCGCUAGAGUAAAAAAGCUCAUGUUGUGUCUAAUGAAUUUCAUGGUAACACUUUACUUGACAGGGCACAAAUAAUGUAGUAUUAUACUUUCACUUACAUAUUAACCACAAACUAAGUAUUAGUUAAAUACUAAUCUCAUGUUAAUUCAUCAUUAAUUGUGACGCAUAUUUUAUCUCAGUUUCUAUAUUUGUAAUUAUAUCUGUUUAUUAUGCAAACCAUUGUGAACUACUGAAGGAACUACUGAAGGAACUACUGAAGGAACAAGUCAUGAAUAAAACAAUGAAACACUGAUCUCAUGUUUGUUUCUUUUAUCUCAAGUAGCAACUAUAUAAAUACUUCAAUAAUAAUUUGAGCUUCAGUAGUAACUGAGUUAUUACUGAGCAUCUAUCCCCCGUCAAGUAAAGUGUCACCAAUUUUAUUACUCUGCUGCUUUUGGUUUUGUAAAGUCACGGGGAAAAAAAUGUGUAAAUAAAGACUGACCUGCAACCUGACCUACAA